CUCUUCUUUGCCCUCUCCAACUUGCCCUUUUCCCCUUGCUGCUCAUCGCGCCAUGUCCUUCUCCGCGCUCCUUGGCGCCAUGCAGCGCGCCGGCGGGUCGCUGCACUCGGCGAUCGCGCGCGAGCUCGGCGACGAUGCACGCACCGGUGCCGGGCUCUUCUGCGCCUCGUCGGCGGGCAUUCGCAAAGGAGACGCGGUGCUGCAAGUGCCGCUGCGCUGUGUGCUGAGCCGCGAGCGGGCGAGCAGGGAACUGCGACGGCUGGCGGGCGGAGAGGAAGAGAGGGCAGAGGGGGAGGUGGAUGCGCUACUGCUCUACCUCGUCGUCGCAAGACUGGCAAUGCAGAGACGAGAGGAUGGCUUUCUCCCUCCCCAUCUGCACGCCUACAUCGCCCUCCUGCCGCGCACGCAUCUCCUGCCGCUCUUCUUCUGUCCCGCCGAACUCGCGCUGCUGCUCGGCACGCCGCUGCUCGCCUUUGCGCGCGCGCAGCAGGCCGAGGCGAAGCGCGAUGCCGCGAGGGCACAGACGUGGAUUGAGAGAUGCCUCGGAUGGCACAUCGAGCAGCAGCAGAUGCUGCAGUUGUGGAGCUGGGCGAAGGCCACUUAUUCUUCAAGAGCCUUCCCGCCCUCUCUGGCCGGCCUCGACGACGCUGCAGGGCCCAUUUUGAUUCCGCUCAUGGACGCGGGCAAUCAUCGCAGAGGCGCGCAGGUGACGUGGAGCUGCGUGGCUGGCAACGACGACACCAACAACAGCACCACCACGACGACGACGGCGGCGGCGGCGGGAGAAGUAGAGACAGAGGAGAAGAAGGAGAGAUUUGUGCAGUGGACCAUCGAGGAAGAGGUCUUGCCUGGACAGCAGGUGUGCAACAACUACGGAGCGAAGAGCAAUGAGGAGUUUCUAGCUUCAUACGGCUUUGUCGAUGCGACGGCCUGCGGAGUGGAUGAUGUGCUGUCGCUACGACUGGGCGGCGCCAGCAGCAGCAGCAGCAGCAGCAGCAGCAGUGGCGCAGCGCAGUCGGCCGUGGCGAGCGCUGCAGAGUCAAGGGCGCAAGCGCAGCCGCAAGCACAGCCGCAAGCGCAGCCGCAGACACAUUACUGGCGCAUCGAGUCUGCUGCGCCUGCCUCGCUGCUUUCCGAACUGCACGCCUCGCUCGGGCACGCCUCCUGCUCCUCGGCCGCGCCUGGGGGCGACGGCGCCGCCGCGCGCGGCGCACUGCAAGAGCGCGGCGAGGUCAUGGAGCUGCUCGAGGCGCUGCUCUGCGCGCGCCGCCAGAGCUUCAAGCGCGCCGAGCGGGAGAUGGACUGGGGCGCGGCCGAGGUCAGGGCGCAAGUGGCGGCGAUGGUGCGGGUGUAUCGAAAAGG